AUGUGGUACGGCAGAUCGCAGGAAGGAGUCCCGCAAUUACAACAGCGACUUGCGUUGGAUGCUGAUGAAUUGCGUACUGAUAGAUUAGAAGCUGAAGUAUAUUUAAAGUGGUCAGCAAAUAUUGGUAUUAAAAAUCGAGUAAAAAUUGUGCUUGAAAAUGGAUAUUCAUGUAAUGCACCUGCAUGUUUACUUACUGCAUUCUCGGAUAUCUUUCGCAAACUUAUUUCAGCACAAGCAACACAAGAAACACUUUCAUCGGGUAAAGAAAUCACAGUUCAUUUAAAUGAUAUGCCAAAUAUUACGAAUGCCGGUCUCUAUAAUGUGGUAGCUUUCAUUCAAAGUGGACAAAUCAAAUUUUUAGAAAAUGAAUUGGAGAAUGUUCUAAUAGCAGCUAAUGAUCUUCAAGUGACUUCAUUGGUAUCAUUAAUUUGUGAAGAAAUGACUGAACGCAUAUUAGAAAAUACAUCACCACCAAUUUCAUUACUUUACUCAGCUAUUGCUUGUUUACCUCCACAAUCACAAUAUCGUAAUAUGGUUGUUGAUGGUGCAGCAAUAAAAUUUCAUGAUAUUCUGGCAAGCCCAAAAUUUUCAGAAUUAUCAUUCGAAUUGCUUUAUGCACUUCUUUCUUCACCACUAUUACAAGGACCUGAAUGGGUAUUAGAAAUUUAUGAAGCGAUCAUAUUUUGGCUUCAAAAUAAUCCUGAACAUAUUUGUUAUGCGUCAGCUCUUUUGGAUAAUGUUAAUUUCAAGGAAAUUAUUCAUGUGGCUGAUAAUCGUCAAAAAAUAAUGAAGAAAUCAUUGGAGGUGCCAGAUUUGGGACCAAUUGUGCAAGUCUUUUUAAUGGAUGCAGUUUAUGCCAAAUUUAUGGAUGAUUUGGCGUCACCACAAAAUCGCAAUCAACCAUUAUCAUCGCCCAUCUAUACGGUGUCUGGUGCAGAAAAUGCAGUUACACCAACUCCAUUAGGAGGAACAUUAGGAUUAGCACCAUCACCUCUUGGAUCAUAUAUCAUUCCACCUUUUGAUUCGGUAUCAUCUGCUGCAACAACCAAAAGUAUUAGUAAUGAAAUAUCCGUAUCAGUUAACAAAAAUUGGCGUCCAGCUCAACAGCUUCCAAUAGGAUCUGCACAUAAUGAUCCGGUACUCAUCUACUCAAAUGUUCCUAUUACUACUGCUGCUGCUAGCGAUGGUACUGCUGGUGCUAUCGGUGGUGGUGCUAUUGGCGGUGGUGCUAUUGGCGGUGGUGCUACUGGUGGCGGUAGGGGUGAACAGGAAGGAUCAGGCGCUAUCAAAAGCUCUCCAACACUAGAAUCAGCUGAAAUUCGAACAAGUAGCAGUCAAGAAUCGGAAUCAAGUUCGAAACGACGACCUAAAAUUGAGCAAAUCCCAUUACGAACUGAACCACCAGAAAGUCGCAAAGAAUUACGUAAGAAACGACAGGCACGUGAAAAAACUGACACGAAGUGA